AUGUCGGUGCGCCCAGGCCAGCGGUCCGCGCGGCCCGGGCCCAGCCUCGCCUGGUUGCUGUGCCGCGGCGCCCUGCUGGCGCCGGCCGCGGGCGACGUGAUCGUGAGCUCCGUGUCCAGGGCCACCGCCAACUAGAUGGGUGAGGAGCUGGACCGCGCCUUCACCGAGGAGGCGACGCCCGCGCUGGAGGACUCGGGCAAUUUCUGGCAGCGGAGUUUCCCGACCUCGGCGCACAAGGAAGACCCGCACCUGCCGCUCCCCGUGGGCACCGCCGCCUCCGCCGCCUUCCACGCCCCUAGGAUGCUCUCCUACAAGAGCGGCUCUCGGCUGUGCCCGGGCACCGCCCGCUUCCUGGCCCACGCCAGCGCCUGGGGCUGUCUGGCCUCCGUGCAGGCGCAGGAGAAGGUGCCAGGACUGCCGUGUGGGAACUGCUUGCCCUUCAGUGGCGGCCCCUUGAACAGCAGCACUGGGAUUCCCUUCUUCUACAUGACACCUAAGGACGCCGCAGUGGCCGAUCUGAUGGAGAACCCCAUGCCGUCGCUCCUGCUGCAGGAAUCCGAGGGAGAGUUCUGUAGGCAGACAGGGGUUUGGCCUCCCCCACACAGGUCCUCUGCAUAAAGCAGAGAGGCUGGGCGGGGAAGUGUGUGUGUGGGGGGGUGUUCUCUGGGUGGAGUGACUUGAGAUCCUGAGAUGCAAAGUGGUGUCUUCACCAACGCGAAGUGGGAAGCACAGGUGCCCUUGGAGUCAAAUCAGU